CUGCCUGACUGUUUAACCAGAAGGGUCCAGCUGCAGUUUCAACUCUAAAAUUAGGGAGGCACCCUGUCUGCAAAUGACGCAAAGAGCCCGAACUGGAGCGUGUCGUCGUCUCUGCGUGUUGCUGAUAAGGGGGCUGGGGGCCAUGGAGACGUUCCCAACAGCUCCCCGCUGUUGUUACCGAUGACACGGGUCUUAAUAUAUUUUUAGCCGCUGUUGUCAUGUUUUCGUAACGGCACGGCCGCUUCGCCCGCUAUAAAGGACUGCGUUUCAAACAUGCAGCUGUACAACAGCGUUCUCACACACUACCCGAGGGCGUCCAGGUCCAGGAAAGUUACUGUCAAUCUGUCUCCGGCGUCCGAACACUCCAACGCGGCGACGCAAAGUUCCUCUGAGGUCGACGGACAACUUCGACUGCGCACAACUUCAGCGACUAAGGGCAGUGAGACAAACAUGCCAGCAUUUUCCUGCUACGAAGCCUCUCCGGUGAGGCCAGUUCACUUUACAUCGACGGCUGAGAUAAUAAUCCGUAGACCUGAUGGAGUGGAAAGGUCUGUACCGGUUCACAUUAUCAAGAAGCCCAAGAACAAGUCGCAAAGAGGUGAAAAUGAGCUCUGCAAUGACUGUGAUUCAGAUAUAAUGGUGGAGAUGGUUAAUCAUCUGGGCAACGGAACUGAUGAGAUGUUUCCUGGGAAUCAUGUUUUUAGGAGCAGCAAUAUCAAUGGGACGAUGAGGAAUUCAUACGAGGAUGAAACUUCUUCCCAGACAUCUUCUAGAAGGAAUGGAUUUGCUUCAGUGGAUAUUGAGGAACUUUCUCCCAUGGGGUCAUCACGUAAAGAGGAGAAGGCCUUUGAGCUCAGUGUCCUCCAGGAGUCUCCACCGCAGAGAUGCCAAGAAACAGGGGACAUCAACGAUAAGGUCACCAGGUAUCUGGCUGAGGUGGAGAGGCAGAACAAGUACCUCCAGGAGAGACACAAGUACAGGUACCACAUCAUUCCAGAUGGUAACUGCCUGUACAGAGCUGUGUGCAAAGCCACAUACGGAGACCAAGCAAGGCAUGGGGAGCUGCGGGAGCAGACCGUGCACCACAUCGCCGACCACCUGGACGAGUUCAUACCCAUCAUUGAGGGGGACGUUGGAGAGUUCUUGAUCAACGCGGCGCAGGAUGGUGCCUGGGCUGGGUAUCCAGAGCUCCUAGCCAUGAGUCAAAUGCUGAAUGUCAACAUCCACCUUACGACUGGUGGCAGCCUGGAGAGUUCCACUGUUUCCACCAUGGUGCACUAUCUUGGGGAGGAGGACCCCUCCAAACUGGCAAUCUGGCUUAGCUGGCUCAGCAAUGGUCACUACGAUGUCGUAUUGGACAAGCGUCUCCCCAACCCAGAGUAUGAGGACUGGUGUCGACAAUCACAGAUGCAGAGGAAGAGGGACGAGGAGCUGGCAAAAUCUAUGGCAGCCUCGCUGUCUAAGAUGUACCUAGAACAAAAUGGUUGUGUUUGAAAUAAAGUUUGUAUGACGGAGGACAUAUUUUCUUACAGAAUGACCGAUGGAGACUCUUCUGAUGACUUUCUUCCUGCUUUAAAUUAUUUUUUAUAAGAUUUCUAUGUGUGAAACAAAGUGCGGUGCACAGACUUGAGUUUUUCUACAUACCAGAACGUCCAGAUUGGAGUUUGAAAGGAUGUAUGCUUGUUUUUUUUUUGGUUUUUUUUGGAUGAUUUUAGUUAUGUUGACAUCAGUGAUGCUUUGAGUUUCAGUAUUUUUGCAGUGUACAACAUUUAUUUGCCUUUUUCUUGGCCGACCAUUUAUACUUUUGACAUCAUUUCUGCAACAGUUCACACAUUUUUAACAGGGCUCCAAUGCAGUCUGGAAUUUGUACAAAAAGCACUUAGAAAACUGUUGGAUUUCUGACUUUUCCUUUUCUAUCUUCUGAGGAUAAAGGUCUAAAAAUGCCCCCCCAAAAUUGAAGUGUUUUUAUGUCUAAAUGGCUUGCUUUGUCUUUGGUUCAUUACAACUACAUUUUAAUGUUACCCAUUAUUAUGUUUGGUUUUUGACUCACUGACUGAAUGUAUCUCAAACCCCCACAAAGAACCAUUUCACUACUUUUUAGGUUUCAGGCAACUGUAAAGUGGAUGAUUUUGACCAACCCUAAUAAACUUGAAAAAAGUUCUCCAUCUAAUAUAAAGAGCCCACAUUUUAUGAGAGAUCCUCCAAUCUUUAUUUGUGAAAUCAAUUAUAGAUUUUAAGAUGGAGCUGAUCCCAGUUAGUCCAGACACACAAAAAAGUAGUGAAACCUUGCAUUCCAAAAAAUAAAGCCAGUUUAAUUUUCAUGACUUGCAAAACCUACAACUGACAACUAUUUAACCCAUUUCAACAUUAGUGUUUUAUAUUCAAAUGUCCAAAAUGUAACUAAAGACUGCUGAAAAAAACUGUCAAUUUGAACUGGGAAAUGUACGGAAUUUUGUUUUGAAAUGUGUAAGAACCCAGUUUGAAAUGCAGUGAAUUUUAGAUUGCAUUUUCUUACGUAUGUACAGUAUGUUAUUUUUUUUAUCUUUGUAUUUAAAAAAAAAUCUGUUUUCUCUCUUUUGCACAACAGUUCCAACUAGGCGUAAGUUGGUUAUUGGAUUCUCACCACGUUUUAUCCGCAGUAGCACA